UUGAACCGCAGUGACAGCGACAGCUCCACGUUAGCCAGAAGAUCGCCGUUCGUGCGUAACGCCAAGGAGCGGCGAAGUUUGAGAGUUAAGAGGACUCUGUGCCAGCCCCUGGUGAGAAGGAUGGCUGAGCCUCCGGUUCACACAUCCCUGGACUUGGAGCUGGAUCUCCAAGCCUCACUGACGCGACAGUGCCGGCUCAACGAUGAACUCCGGCGGCUCAGGGAGCUGAAGACCCGGUUGGAGGAGGUGAAAGCGAAGGGGGAGACCCGGCUCCCCGCCUGGGCGGUGGAGGACGGAAGGUUCCAGAAGCUGCUGAAACAAGCAGAAAAACAGGCCGGCCAGAGCAAAGAGGACCAGAGGAAAGAGUGGAGGACUGAGAAGAUGAUGAGGCAAGCAUCGAAGGAGGUGUGCAGACUCCGUGAACAGAGUCACAAGGAGCUGCAACAAGUCCACACGUUCAGGGAGAAGAUGGCGUUCUUCACGAGAGCAAAGAUCAGCGUUCCCUCACUACCUGCUGAUGAUGUCUGAUAUUGUUCAGAUUACCAAGUGUUUUUCAACAUUUUAGCGGAUUUUGAUAGCUGGUUAAAAGUCUUUCCCACCCAUUCUAAUAUUAGAGAUGUAAAACAUUUGUAAAUUAAUUGCAAUUGAAUACCUAUGUAAGUAAAAAGAGAAGGGUUUUUUUUUUGUCUAAAAAAAAAACAAGGUACAGGUCCACCACCAAUAUUCUGGUCAAA